UCCAUUCAUUCACAGUUACGUAUUAUAAAUUCCAGCAAUAAAAGAUAAUUACUUGCAGGAAAACAAAUAAAUGUACAAUUAAAAGCAAAGUAGUUAUUAAAAACAUGCAAAACUACUAUCCACUCAACUGACGUGUCAAAACAACUUGCACCAAAGCAACACAAUUAUACAUUCACAUUAUAAAUUAACAGUCGUAUUGCAUUGAUUCCAACACAAACCUGGCGCAUUCCGGCAACAGUAUGCGGCGUAAUAAUUAUCCGUAUCAACCGCUUGACCAGACGGCAGGUCAAAGUGCAUCACCACAUGACGCGCUAGAAGAGGAGAACGAACGCGCUGCCGAGGAACUAAAGCAUAAAAUAGGUGCACUAAAGUCAUUAACUAUAGAUAUUGGUAAUGAAGUUCGUUAUCAGGACAAGUUAUUACGUGGUAUUGAUGAUGACAUGGAUAGAACGGGUGGGUUUCUUGGUAAUACAAUGGCGCGAGUGGUACGCUUAGGGAAGCACAGUGGUGGCCGUCAUAUGUGCUACAUGUUUCUUUUUAUAUUGUUUGUAUUUUUAAUAUUAUACGUUGUCAUUAAAAUUAAGUGAAUCGAUUGCUGGGUUGAAAUUAUAAUGAAAGGUUUAGUUUAAUUAUUACUAGAAACGAAUGUGAAACUUUCAAUGUGUUGUGAGCUAUGUACAUGCAGCCAAACUUCUUGCGACUGUUGAAAAAACGAGCUAUUAACAACAUUGCGACUACAUAUAAUAGAAUAAACUAUUUUUGUAAACAUAAAAAAUAUAUAUUUGUUAGAUUUUUUAAAUGUAAAUAAAAUCUAAAAGCAUAACCUACAAACCAGUUA